GCCCUCCUGAAAACUGGUCUUGAAACUCAUUUUUAUUCUUUGGCUUUUGACUCAGCAUGAUUCUUUUACUUUGUCUGACUAUUGUUGUGCUUCCUACUGUCUUUGUUAAGAAUGCAGGGUUUUAUUGGCAUAUUGUAGACCGCUUUGGAUGUUUUAGCUCUCGAAAGACAAUCGAUUGGGGUUGAGUUGGGUUAUUUUGGGGUUAGUGGUCCCCUUGCCAGUAGGUGGCGGCAACACCUGACAGUUUCUUUUGGGAAGAAGAAGAAGGAAGCAAACGAAAACAACAUGGCGGCGCCCGCGGAUCACGCCGGAUUGCCGUCAACGUCAGAAACGGACGCGAUCGGCGAUCCCGCAAGUUCCGAAUCGGAGCCGGGGGCUGCGAUUUGGGAUGACGACGGCAAGGACUCGACCGAGCCCAGGAUCCUGGACACCCCGCAAGACAUCCGGCUCGAGGCGGUCGCCAACACGGUGGCCGUCCACCCGAGCCGCGACCUGCUGGUGUGCGGGGACGUGGACGGGGACGUGUACGCGUUCUCCUACUCGUGCACGGAGGGCGAGAACCGCGAACUGUGGUCCUCCGGCCACCACCUCAAGUCCUGUCGCCAAGUGCGCUUUUCCGACGACGGCGAGAAGCUCUACAGCGUCUCCAAGGACAAGGCUGUGCACGUGCUGGACGUGGAGCGCGGACGGCUGGUCAGCAGGAUCCGCGGCGCGCACGGCGCUCCCAUCAAUUCUCUGCUGCUGGUGGACGCCAACAUCCUGGCGACUGGAGACGACGGGGGCACGCUGAAGGUGUGGGACAUGAGGAAAGGUUCGGCCAUUAUGGAUUUGAAGCACCAUGACGACUACAUCAGCGACAUGGCCGUGGAUGAAGCCAAAAAGAUCCUGCUGACAGCCAGUGGCGACGGCACCAUGGGCGUCUUCAACAUCAAGAGGCGGCGGUUCGAGUUGCUGUCGGAGUACCAGAGCAGCGAUCUGACCUCGGUGACGCUGAUGAAGCGAGGCAAGAAAGUGGUGUGCGGCUCCAGCCAAGGCAGCGUCUACAUCUUCAACUGGAACGGCUUCGGGGCCACCAGCGAUCGCUUUGCCCUACAAGCGGAGUCGGUGGACUGCGUUGCCCCCAUCAGCGACAGCGUGAUAUGCGCCGCCUCCAUGGAUGGCUACAUCCGAGCCAUCAACAUCCUCCCCAACCGCAUCAUCGGCUGCAUCGGGCAGCACGUCGGUGAGCCGGUCGAAGAGCUGGCUAAAAGCUGGGACUCUCGUUUCCUGCUCAGCUGCGCCCACGACCAGCUCAUCAAGUUCUGGGACAUCUCCUCGUUAGCCGCCACCACCGUCAAUGAGCACCGCAAGAGGAAGAAGAAGGAUGGACGCAUGAAAUCGCUUUCCAAAAAAGCUCUCGGGGACAGCGACUUUUUCUCGGGACUUGUCGAGGAGCCGCAGAAAAAGGAGGAGGAGGAAGUGGAUGACAGUGACAGUGGCAGCGAUUAAAAGUCCUUUUUGUGUUGCUUGAAUUUGGAUGUUUCUCACAAUCUUUGACCUCUACUCCCUACAUUUAAAAGCAAGCCAAGUGUCUGUGCUGGCUCGGGCUUACUUUGUCAAAAUAGACUUGGCAUUUAUGACGGUGGAACUACGAUGAUUUGUCGUGAAUGUGUUGUCCUUGUGCCAGCUGAAAAAUCUCCAUGUUCUGCCCUUCAAUGGUCUAAUUCCCCCAAAAAGGGAAAUGUUUUUGUUCGGUGGCCAUGAGCUCAGUUACAUUUUAUUUUUUUUGUUACUUGCUUCACAAGUUUUCGGUUGCAUUAAAGCCAGAAUCUUACCUGA